AUCUAUUUUGAAAAUAUCUUUUUACUUAAAAAAUUAUUAUUAUUUUUUUUUCUUCUUAGUCAUGAUACACAAGCAAUAUUUCGAUCAUAUCGUUUUGGUCAAAAGAAACCUGUUUAUAUCUAUCGAUUUUUGGCUCAUGGUACAAUGGAAGAAAAAAUCUAUCAACGACAAGUUGUUAAACAAUCAUUAUCUCAACGUGUUAUUGAUGAUCAUCAAUUAGAUCGUCAUUUUACUGAAAAUGAUAUAAAAGAAUUAUAUAAAUUUACACCUGAACAAUUACCUGAAUUACGUUCAAUGACAAAUACAGAUUUUAAUUAUCCUAUACCAAAAGAUCAUUUAUUACUUGAUCUUUUAUAUGAACAUAAUCAUUGGAUACAUUCAUAUCAUUCACAUGAUUCAUUAUUAGAAAAUAAACUUGAUGAAGGUCUUAGUGAAGAAGAACGACGUAGAGCUCUUGAAGAAUAUGAAAAUUUAAAACGUUUACCUGAUCAACGUCAAUUAGCUGCACAACGUUUACAACAACAACAACAAUUAGCUUCAGCAGCUAUGGUUCAAAUUCCACAUCUUCAUCAAAUGUAUUUAGAUUUUUUUCGAUCUAUGCCAUCGGAAGAUCCACGAACGUUUGAUUAUUCAAAACUUAUUCAAUAUGCAUUUGAACUUGGCCUUAGUCAACAUUUAAUUGAUAUACAAAAUCCAACUACGUCAGAUUCAACUCAAAUUCAACAAACUACUACAGAUACGAAUGAUAUUGUUCUUUUAGAAAGUGAUGAUGAUACAACUGCUAAAGCAGAGUAA